AUGGUCCUCAAGCUCUACGGCAACCCCCACUCGACGUGCACGAACCGCGUCCAAACCGUGCUCGAGGAGCUCUCCGUUCCCUACGAGCUCGUCGCCAUCGACUUCAGCAAGGGCGAGCACAAGGCGCCCGAGUUCACCGCAGUGCAGCCGUUCGGCCAGGUCCCCUACCUCGAUGACGACGGCUUCAAGAUUUUCGAGUCGCGCGCCAUCUGCCGCUACAUCGCGCUCAAGCACGGCGGCGUCGAGAAGGGCCUGAUCCCCGCGACGAGCGAUCUCCAGAAGACGGCGCUGUUCGAGCAGGCGGCGAGCAUCGAGGUCUCCAACUUUGACCCGAGCGCAAGCGCGGUUACGUUUGAGAACGUGUUCAAGCCGAUGUUUGGUCUCACCACGGACCCCGAGGCGGUCAAGAAGCUCACCACGACGCUCGACGGCAAGCUCGCGGCCUACAACGUCCUCCUCGGCAAGACCAAGUACCUCGCUGGCGAUGAGGUCACGCUCGCGGACCUCUUCCACCUUCCGUACGGCGCGAUGCUCAAGGCGCAGAGUAUCGACUUCCUCGAGAGCGGCAAAUACCCGAACGUCGCGCGCUGGUGGGCGGACCUCAGCUCGCGCUCGUCGUGGAAGAAGGUUAAGGGCCUCUAA